CCAGCUCACUGUCUAGCAUCCUUUUGGUACUGCUUUGUGACAGUGACAAGUGCUGUAUAUUGUCACUUAUUUGAUCCAGGACCGAUGAACAGUAUGGGGGAGCAGAAGGAUGAGCUGCGAAAAAUUAUUACCACCCUAGCGCUGAAAAAUGAAGAGAUACAGAAUUUUAUUUACAGUUUAAAACAGAUGUUGGAAAAUGUGGAGGAUAAUUCUUCCCGUGUCCAGGGAGAGUUGGAAACUGAGUUUCAAUCUCUGUACAAGCUAUUGGAUGAGCUCAAGGAGGGCAUGUUAAUGAAGAUUAAACAGGACCGUGCCAGUCGUACUUAUGAAUUGCAGAAUCAACUUUCUGCUUGUUCCAAAGCCCUCGAGAGCUCAGAGGAACUUCUGGAGACUGCCAACCAAACCCUGGCAGCAUGUGAGACAGAUGGCUUCUUCCAGGCUGCCAAGCAGAUAAAGGAUAGUGUGACGAUGGCCCCUGCCUUCCGGCUGUCUCUGAAAGCUAAAGUGACAGACAAUAUGAGCCAUUUAAUGGUGGAUUUUACCCAAGAGAGGCGUGUCCUGCAGAACCUGCGCUUCCUUCCUGUUCCUAGUACACCUGAGAUUGUCAACUCAGAGUGUCUGGUAGCAGAUAACUGUGUAUCUCUGGUCUGGAGGAUGCCUGAGGGAGAAGAAAAUGGAAUCCAGCAUUAUAUCCUUGAACAUCGGAAAACUAAUUUCCCCGGUCCCCCUCGUCCAAAAGAGGAUCAGCCAUGGAUGGUGGUCGAGGGCAUACAAGGAACAGAGUACACACUUGCUGGACAGCGAUUUGACAUGAAGUAUAUGAACUUUAGAGUCAAGGCCUGUAACAAAGCCGUGAGCGGAGACUUCUCUGAGCCUGUCACAUUGGAAACGCCAGCCUUCUGGUUCCGUUUAGAUUCUUUAAGUUCUCAUCAAAAUUUGCGUGUAGAAGAUGGGAGUGUGGAGUGGGAUGCGUUGGGCGGUAAGACGCAAGAAGGAAAGAUCAAAGAAAAAGAAGGCAGAGGGAGGGGGGCAUCUCCCUGCAACUCUCCUGCAAGAUGUGCUCAGUCCCCAAAAAGAACUCCUACGGCACGAGGAGGCAGAGAUCGAUUCACUGCUGAAUCUUAUACUGUACUUGGCGACAUUUUGAUAGAUGGGGGAGAGUGUUAUUGGGAAGUGCGAUAUGACAAAGACAGUAAGGCAUUUGCAGUAGGGGUUACGUACCGAAACCUUGGCAAAUUUGACCAGUUGGGGAAGACGUCAGCCUCGUGGUGCCUUCACCUUAAUAACUGGCUGCAAGUGGCAUUCACUGCCAAACAUGGGAACAAGGCCAGGACCCUAGAUAUUGUUGUACCAGACAGGAUUGGUGUAUACUGUAACUACGAAGAAGGUGUCUUGUCUUUUUACAACGCCAUCAAUAAACAGAUGCUUCAUACAUUUCGGACAAAGUUUACACAGCCUCUUCUUCCAGCUUUUAUGGUAUGGUGUGGAAAUUUCUCUGUCUAUACCGGUCUCCAAGUCCCAAGUUGUGUUCGAAGUCUUCAGAAACGCAACAGCUCUACAAGCAGCUCCACUGCAAGUCUCACUUGAACCACAACUUCUGAAGUCCCUGCUCCAAAAUGCUCCAUUUUAGAACACGACUAAUAGCUUCACUUGAACCCCUCCUUCCCAUCAGCCACCUGCUGUGCCAGUAUUAACCCUUUCUAACCAGAGACUUGAAUGUAAGAGACUCUGAGGUGUGAUUGUAUAUCUGGGUUUCUCCAGCAGGUCUUCCUCCUUCAUCCCAGUCUGUGCCUUGCCUACAAAGGAAGGGUGGAUAAAAUCUUUUUUUCUUUUUUUUUUUGUGUGGGCAGGUCCUGCUUAUUCUCCAGCUUUUGGCCUUAAAAUAAACGAGAUUUAAAACGUC